GGCGGGAAGGGCGGCCGCGUUAAGAGGUUCCCGCGACGCCCGGAGGAAAGCGCCAUGAAGAAGAUCAUCCUCUUCCUCUCCACGGAGAGGGAGAACCAGUACAUCACCAAGGAACUAGAAGCAGCCAUUGAGUGCAUAAGGAAAGAGGAUGUAAAAAGCACUUCAAGUUGUCACCUUGUCCGCCUAGCAACGUCUGCAGUUCAAGGAGUCCAUGAUGGAGAUGCAAAUGCACAUGAUGGUCACACAGUUACCCUUUGGCAUGAGUGGUCCAAGCCAGAUGCACUUGAUGAAUACUAUGCCAGCGUGCAGAGAGAAGAGAGGGAACCCAGUGAGGCCCAUGAUCAGGAACAUAUAUUCAGGUAUAAUGAUUUUUUUCUUCUUGCUGAGGCAGUACACAAGUUUGCUGAUAGUUUAGAAGACACAGGAAGUUACCUGCUCUAUGUCUUUUGGUGUGUGGACAAAUACGUCCCAAAUCCCAGUGAAGUUCCAGAAUUUUAUGGCAGUUUAAGAAGGCUUGAACAGUGGCACUUUGGUGGCUUGUACAUCUCUUGUGCAAAUCAAAUGUUAGUGUCAGAAUGGCCAGACUAUUUACCACUUCACGUCACUUCAGGUUGUUCCCAGAUAAUAGAGACUAUUGUAAGCACCAUGUGGAGAGGUCAACUGGCAGUCACUGAAGAAGGAACAGGGAGUUCCAUGGUUCUCCCUGAAUGUGUUGUGCAGUGCAUUAGUGGCCAGCCUGCAUUGGGAGCCGAUCCAAAACAGGGACCUUUGUACAUCCUGCCAACAGCAGAAGUAGUAGCAGACUUCGACAUUGGUACCCUGCCUUGGGUAUACCUGCGUCAUGGAGGCAUAUAUGACAUGGUGCCAGCACUGCACACAGAUCCUGAAGAACAAGAGGAAGUUGUGGCUAUGUUAGAUGUACUGACUGGUCAGGCUGGUAUUGCAACACUGGUUCGCCUGAGGUACUCACCCCUGCCCCCAGUUCUGGAAGGAGUCAAGUCACUCACCACAGAAGAAUGGAAACGAUGUAAUGUGGAAGGACAGUUUGAGUUAACACCGAGCUUGCACUUCAAAGGUUACCAUCUCAUUCUUAACAUGAUCAUCCUGAGUGAGGGAGCACAGAAAGGAAAGGCUCUUCUAGUAAGCCUACAGGAUCCAAGUGCUUGUGGGGAAGAUGUAAUAAAGUUCUUCAGUAAAGCGAAUCUUCCAAUGCAAAGAGAAAAGAAUCCCCCUGAGGAAGAAAAGCAAGUCAUGGAGCUCCUGAAAGAGACACCUGCACUAUCCACUCUCCAUUUGGCUGCGUUCUCACAUCUCUCUCUCAAUCUUCCACAAAAGAUUAGUGGCCGCUUAGCUCGAGCUGGUCGACCCGUACAUGAAUUGGAUGAAGAAACAAGAAGAGAGCUGGAAGCAGCAGCCAGUGAAGAGUUACUAAGAUGUUUAUUGCUGAUGCCAGCACAUCGGGCUGAACUGCCAGAGAGUAGAUUACCUGUCUUGCCAGAGACCAGCAUCAGCACCACACAGUGGCCAGAGUACGUAGCUUUAGCCGAAGCAGAAAUAGAGGCAGAGAGAAGUCUGCAAGCUAAGCAUCAAGCUGGUGAUUUGUUAGGAGGGCUGGCCCCACCACCUCCACCUGAUGCCAUACUUACACUUGAAGCUGCACAGCUGACAAAGCUCUUCACCAAAAGUGGGCAGCCUUCAGAGAGAGUUCGGCAAAGAAUGACCAAACAUGUAUCAUGUGGCCCAUACCCUUUUAAAAGCAAGUUGUUGCUGCAUGAAGUGAAGGGUUUGCUCUGGCCAGAGGCGCUCUACGCACGUCACCAUGGCAUUUAUUACAAUGUAGACGAGCGACAUGAAAAGUUCGCCGAGCAUUGCAACCAGGUUAGGGCUCGAUAUAUCAGACAAGAGACUGCAUCUACUUGUACAGUCUUCCAAGACAAAGAAGUUGCCUAUGUCACUGUCUCAUCCCACAAGCUUGCCAGUAAAGAUAAAGACCAGAAAACUACAAAAUCAUCCAAGGAGGACCAAGGUAGAACUGGAAAGAGAUACAGUGCAAGACUAAAUGAUGUCGACACUGCAAGUCUAAAGAGUGACCACAGCUCACGGCAGCCAGGACAAGGGCUGAGACGAUCUCCACGCAAGCACCCAAAGCAGUCAGAAAAUAUGUCAAAGAGGUCUCCUCGCAAGUCCUCUUACAAAGACGGUGACGGAAGUAGGAAAUCUGCAGGGCUGGGUAAUCUUAUGAAGCCCUCAGACCUACUGCAACCUUCAACUGCUCGAGGACCUCUCAGGAGUGCCAAUCCACAGAGCAAGAGGUAUCCUAAACCAGCUGAUCUCAGUGAUUUGCAUAAACAGAAACUGCGAAUGGCGGUGGUGGAGGCUCUGGACCAAGAGGGAAUAAAAAUGAAGGAUCCCCUGUUUAAGGUGUGCUUUAAGAAGCUGUUCACUGUCUGCCGACCCUUUGCCCUUGAUGUCAUCGGCCAGGGCUCAACAAGUCGCAAUAUGGAGAAAAUUGCCAAGUCUCAUGUCAAGCAGGUCAUUGAGUUUGAGAGAUUUAAGACCAAGAAGAGAUAAAAAUUCUUUAAGUAUAUGCAUUGUGAUAAAUACUUUACUAUUUACCAGUGUUUGUGAUGUUUUUCUUUUUCUUUCAAUUCCAUCAAUCGUAAUGUGUUUGUAUAGGUCAUCAAAAGAAUUCAGCAUAAUCACAAGAACUAUUACUUCUAUCUAUGUACACCUAGAAUAAUAAAUAUAUUUUGUACAGUA